UCUCGUUAAUCCAUAAUCAUGUGAUCUAAGUUCGAGAGAAAAACGAGAGUAGGAGAGAGGAAGAAAGUCAAGGCCUUCAAAAUGACUGAUGCAGGCUUUUUCAAGGGUACCAGUGCAGAGCAGGAUAAUCGCUUUGCAGACAAAAAGAAAAAACUAAUGAAAACUAUGAGGUUUUCUGAGUCUAUAGACAAAAAGGUGGAUAUGUCUAAGAUAAACUUGGACACAAUAAAGCCUUGGAUAGCCCAAAGAGUAACGGAUCUUUUAGGAGUUGAAGAUGACGUUAUUGUUGAAUUCAUUUAUAAUCAGUUAGAGGAAAAGAAUCCAGAUGGAAAAGAGAUGCAGAUAAACCUCACAGGAUUUCUCAAUGCCAAAAAUGCUCGCACAUUUAUCAGUGAGUUGUGGGACCUCUUACUAAGUGCUCAAGACAACAUCAGUGGAAUACCUACUGUGUUCUUAGAGCAAAAGAAAGAAGAAAUAAAAAAACGACAGGCUGAGCAAGAACACAUUCGUGCCAAUCUGGAGAAGAGGGAAAAGGAGAUCAAGGAAGCAUUGGCCAAGGAGCGUAAAGACAGUGAGAAGAGAGACCAGGACAAAGACAAAGAAAGAGACAAAAGAAGACGCAGGCGUCGUGGAGACAGAAGCCCAUCCAAGUCCCCAAGGUUACGUCCAUCCAGAUCAAGAACACCAACUCCAGAACCAAAGAAAGACAAGGAAAAGCAGUCUGGAACUGAGGAGUCAGAUAUUGAAAUAAAAAAUAAGACAGUAGAGGACAGUCAAGGAAAGGAAGAUGAAGAUGUGAAGCCUGUGAAUGGGAAUGCAUCAGUGGAAGAAAAAGAAAACACUGAAGAAAAGGGAAAAGAUAAAGAAAUGGACAAAGCACCUUUGGAAACAAAGAGGGAAUCAAAAGAAAAAUCAAAUAGAUCUGAAAGCAGAUCACCCUCACCCAAAAAGAACAAGGCAAGAUCCAGGUCAAGAGAUAAAAGAAGCAAAUCAAGGGAGAAAAGAAGUCGGUCAAGGGACAAAAGAAGUCGGUCCAGAGACAAAAGAAGUCGGUCCAGAGACAAAAGAAGUAGAUCAAGGGAAAGAAGGAGGUCCCCUAGAAGAAGGUCACCAUCACCAAGGAGGAGGUCACCAUCACCAAGGAGACGUUCUCCACCCCGUAGAAGACCUAGAAGAAGUCCAUCUCCAAGGAGAAGAUCACCUAGGAGGCGCAGCAUAUCUCCAAGAAGACGUAGCAUAUCACCUAGGAGACGUAGUCGGUCACCAAGGAGGCGACCAUCACCGAGAAGACGACGCUCAUCCACGGGCAGCCCAGUUAGGGGACCAAAGACAAGGAAAAGGUCCGAUUCAUCUGAAAGUCCUGUGAGAAAAGCGGCAGCUAGCAGAUCAUCUUCUUCAGCCAGUCCUCCUCCAGUAAAGAAAGCACCUAUGGAAAAGAAACCACGUUCCUCAAGCAGCAGCUCUAGCUCACCAUCACCCCCAGCUAAGAAAAAGAUGGUCAGGGAUGAAAGUGAUUCUUCACCAGAACGUAAGGAAAAGAAAGCAGAUGAAAAUUAUUCAGAUGCAUCUCCAGAUAAACAGAAAUCUGUGCAGAAAAGAAGACAUUACAGGACACAUGAAGAUUUGGCAAAGUCUGACAGUUCAUCAGAUGAAGAGGACGCAAAACCUGCUGCAAAAAGUGAAAAAAAUCGUAGAGACAGGGACAAACCCAGUGAUGGUACAAGAAGACGUAGGAGUUCCCCAUCCCCUCGUGAUCGAUGGAGGAGAAGGUCCUCUCCUUCACCAAGGCGCAGACCAUCGCCUAGGAGACGUUACUACUCACCAGACCGUUGGCGUUCUCCUCCUCGCAGAGCUGUUCCAAGGCGCUCACCCCCAAGAAGGAGAUCUCCUUCACCAAGAAGACGUUCACCUGAGAGAUCCCCAGUCAGAUCAAGACCAAGACGUGAACCUAGCAAAUCUGCUUCACCACCACCCAGGAGAAGACCGUCACCAUCUGAUUCUCCUAGAAGGAGACCAGCUCCCGCUGUCUCUUCACCAACUAAAAGGCAUCAUUCCUCUUCUACAUCACCACCACCUAGAAGACACCGCUCCUCUUCUGCAAGCCCACCAAGGAAAAAAGCAUCCUCUCCACUUACGGUUACUCGUAUGUCAUCAGAGUCACCAUCACCUGUAAGGAAAAGACCUGCACCUUCACCAAAGAAGCGUCAGCCUUCACAUGCAAGAUCCCCUCUGAGAAAAACUGUGAAAAAUUUGCCUGCAAGAAAGAGAAAGUCACCAUCUAGGUCACCACCACCACCUGCCCGAAGAAAUCGUUCACCAUCUGCUUCAUCAUCCGGAUCGGGUUCACCACCACCAAAACCAAAAAUUACCAAACCAAGACCAGAGAGUGUUUCCCCAUCACCACCACAUAAAAGUAGACCAGAAAGACCUCGCUCCGUCUCUGCUUCUCCGCCAAGACAAGAAAAACCAAAAAGGACACACAGCCCUUUAAGAAGUCGGGAGGCUGAGGAAGCUGGUGGAGACUAUAGAACUGUAAAGAGGUCUGGAAAGGUGGAGCCCUCAUCUCCCCCAGCAAAGAAACGGGAUUUGUCACCAGAUGUAGAGCAAUCGCCAAAGAAAAAAGUCUUGAAGGAGAAAGCUGCAUCAGCAAGUCCAUCUGAUGCCUCUGACAAUGAAGCUGGAACUAAAAAGAAAAAGAAGAAAAAGGACAAAAAACACAAGAAGCACAAAAAGCAUAAGAAGCACAAGCAUAAGAAGGGAAAAGAUGGAGAGGGUUCAGGGAGUGGAGAGGAAAAUAGCUUAGAGGACCUGGAGAAAAAAUUGAGAGAGAAGGCUCUGAAGACACUCCAACAAUCAAAGGCUAAGAAAGAUGACCCUAACAACAUGGAUGAACUUGAGAGGCAGCUGAGAGAAAAGGCAUUAAAAUCCAUGCAGCAGAAGGCAAAGUCUGCCAGUGACGGAAGCAGUAGCUGAUAACUGUAUGCGACACAAGAAUAUUUUAGAUAUGAGACUAUACAUAACCAGAAUAUUGAUGUAAAUCCAAUGUUUUUACUGUUAUUGCACCAGCCUGUAAAAAUGGAGGAGGCAUGGAAUUAAAAUAAACUUUUGCUUAACAUAAAUUUUGCUUUUUUUUUUUUUUUCAAUGAUUCAUUUAAAGCCAACUUUUAAAACUUGGUAAUGAGAGCUGUACAUCAUUUAGGUUCUAUCACCACGCUGUAAAUAAAAACAUGAUGGCUGUAUAAAAAAAUGCAUCAAAAUAUGAAGCUACUCGAGAACUUUUGUUGGUUUGUGCCAGUUUAAAUUUUGGCACUUUUUUUAAUGAAUUGUCAACAGAUGUGCUUUGUUUAAGUAAUUUGUGCAGUAUUUGACGUUCCCAGUUAGGGCGUUUUGCAUUAUUUGAUCUGUUCAAUUUUCUGUUACCAGUUCAAAUAGCAACACAGCUUACAAAAUCUCUGUGUAGAGUUUACAUUUGUACUCUUCUCAUCAGCAACAAUUUUCAUCUGAGGCUAAGGGGAAGUUUUUUGCUUGAUAUCACUGACAAAUUGUAGACUACCAAAAGUCUUGGAUGGAAGUUAUUUUAGAAAGUUCAGAAUGAUAUGUGUCAUGUAAUUAAUGUGAUUAAAGCAUGAUGGUCUUUGCAAAUAAAUUGUGGUAGUUGCACUGA